UUGGUCAGAUUGUACCAGAGUUUCGUUUCUGAGGAAACCAUCAUGAAGUGAAUAAAUACCAGUCCAGCUCCAGGCUGCUCACAACAGAGGAAAGACACAGCAGAGAGGAGAGCAAAGAAAAAACCAUGGAUCCUGUGACAAAAGCAGCAGUUGGAGCAGCAGUGGCUGAGGGCAAGACCCCUGGUGCUCUGGGGGCCUUAGGUUUCACCUCAGGUGGAAUUGAGGCAGGCUCCCCGGCUGCUAAAAUGAUGUCAGCUUCUGCAAAUGCUAAUGGAGGUGGAGUGGGACCAGGAGGUCUGGUGCCUGCUUUUCAAUCAGCAGGUGCGGCUGGUGCGCUAAAGGGCACCAACAGAAGCUGCCAGUGAUGGAGCAGCUGGGAGGUGGUUGGAAAGCCUCUUUUGCUGAAUAAUCAACAUUUGGUUAUCCUGUUAAUCUGAUGAAACAAGUGAUGAAGCAAUAUGUUUAGGUUCUGAAAUGUUUGGAAAGAUGUCUGGUUUGCAGUCACCUGACAUGAUGGUUCAUUGUUUGAAUCUUACAUCUCCGAAAAUAAAAGCGACCGAGUUAAAACACA